AUGGCGAGGAAGGGCUUUGCCAUCCGACUCAGAAGUGAUCCAACUGUGGUGUGGAGGAUCGGCAUGGAUGAAUUAGUUGCGCGAGGCGAGAGUCUCUGCACCUCUACAGAUUUAGGUCUGUUCAGUCAAGACAUGAAGGCGAAGGUAUGCAAAGAAUGGUCUGAGAUGUACCUCGAAGAUGUGCCUGGUGGUGAACUUCAACUGGUCAACGACCUUGAUGCAGCCCUGGAGUUGAACAAAGGCAAUGGAUGGCGCAUCUUGUAUCCCAAUCACAAGCGCCGGCUGGCAAAAGAAAGCUUCAGCAUCCGCUUGCGCGAGGACCCGGCUGUCAUGUCGACCAUCGUGCAAUUUCCCGAAUUUGGCACGGAGCACUGCUUGCGAACGUCAAAAGACCUGGAAGAGUUUAGCUCGAAAGCUAGCAGCUGGACAGCAAACGAGCAGAAAGCCAUCCAGAAAGAGACCGGAGAGCGGCAACACAGGAAGAAAAUGUCCGAAGCAAAAGUGGAACGGAGCGCUCGAAAGCUUGCAGUCAUCUGGUUCCUCGCCAUAGCGUGUGCGGCGGUGGUUCUCAUCCCAGGGCUAUCCCUCAUUGGCAUGUGGUCCCACACUUGCGCGGGACUUGGUGCGGCACUUCUUUGUUUUCUGCCCUACUGGACCAGUCCAAGGAGCCGAAGGAGCGUUUGUGUUUUCGAAGCGGUUUCAUGGAUCUCGGCGCGGUGUGGUAUCGCGGCCGGUGCUGCGAUGGUCGUGGCCUCUAAUAGUCAUAGUGACUUUGCUGCAAACUCUUCAGAAAACACAUCUGAAGAGUUUGCGCUGCUUGCCCACAGCUUCCGUCACCACCCCAUGACGUAUCUGUUUUUCGUCUUUGCCGGCAUGUUCGCUGGCACCUGCGCCCGCUCGAUUUUUUGCCGGAUGGCAAGGUCCAUGAUGACCUGCGCACGCAUUCCCGCCGGUGGCUUCUGGAGGAAACCAUCGUCUUUCAAGGCAGGGUGGCAGAAGAGCGUGGGAGGCCCUGCAUCACUUCUUGGCCAGGCAAAUAUGCCACCGCUUGGGAUUGCCUGGUCGAGAGUGCGCGGGAGGGGGAGACGAGUGCCGCAGUGGUUUUCCUUCCGGAGGGUACGAAGGAGUUUGGGAAGCACAGCAACGUCCCGCACUCCGAAGGUUUGGUGGGUCGUUGCUGGUGUACCCCUUUGUAUGGAGAGCAGAAGCCUUGGGGUUGUAGGUGGUGGGCAUUAUGGAUUGAGAACGUUGCGAAAGCGGUACAGUUUGGCGCUGAGCUCCAUGUGUAUUUCUUCCAGCAAGCAUGCGGCCAGGGCAAAGUCGAAAGCUUUGACUUCUCUGGUCAAGAGAAUCUGA